GUUCACAAACAACUUGUUCGCUUUCUCUGUAAACUCUCCGGCGAUCGAUCUGGAUUGUGGUGUAGCUUCCAUUUCUUUUGACGAAGAUGUCUGUUAAGGUUCUGAAUCCAAAUGCAGAGGUUCUCAACAAAUCUGCAGCCCUUCAUAUGAACAUCAACGCCGCCAAGGGUUUACAGGAUGUUCUCAGGACUAAUCUUGGUCCAAAAGGAACCAUCAAGAUGCUUGUUGGUGGUGCUGGUGACAUUAAGCUCACUAAGGAUGGUAAUACAUUGCUAAAAGAGAUGCAAAUUCAGAACCCAACCGCUGUAAUGAUUGCUAGGACUGCUGUAGCUCAAGAUGAUACUAGUGGGGAUGGUACUACAUCUACUGUGCUUUUCAUUGGGGAGCUCAUGAAACAAUCUGAACGAUGCAUAGAUGAAGGGAUGCAUCCUCGUGUGCUAGUUGAUGGUUUUGAAAUUGCAAAAAGAGCAACUCUACAAUUUCUUGAAAAAUUUAAGACUCCUGUAGUGAUGGGUAAUGAGCCAGAUAAAGAGAUAUUGAAGAUGGUUGCAAGAACGACAUUGAGAACAAAGUUGUAUGAAUCACUGGCUGAUCAGCUGACUGACAUUGUUGCAAAUGCUGUACUCUGCAUUCGCAAGCCUAAUGAAGCUAUUGAUCUUUUUAUGGUUGAGAUAAUGCACAUGCGUCACAAAUUCGACGUAGACACUCGUUUGGUUGAGGGCCUUGUACUUGAUCACGGUUCAAGACAUCCAGACAUGAAAAGACGAGCAGAGAACUGUUACAUUUUGACUUCUAAUGUCUCUCUUGAAUAUGAGAAGAGUGAAGUAAAUGCAGGUUUUUUCUACUCAAAUGCAGAGCAGAGAGAGGCAAUGGUUGCUGCAGAACGGCGUUCUGUUGAUGAGAGGGUGCAAAAGAUUAUUGACCUAAAGAACAAGGUCUGCACUGGAAAUGACAACAAUUUUGUUGUUAUCAAUCAGAAGGGGAUUGAUCCUCCAUCUCUUGACCAACUUGCUCGGGCAGGAAUCAUUGCACUUCGGAGGGCAAAGAGGAGAAAUAUGGAACGUUUGGUUUUGGCUUGUGGCGGGGAGGCAGUUAACUCUGUUGAUGACUUAACUCCUGAGUGCCUUGGCUGGGCUGGCCUGGUCUACGAGCAUGUUCUUGGUGAACAGAAGUAUACCUUUGUAGAAAAUGUCAAAAAUCCUCAUUCCUGUACAAUUCUUAUCAAAGGGCCUAAUGACCACACAAUAGCUCAAAUCAAGGAUGCAGUUCGUGAUGGACUAAGGGCAGUAAAAAAUACCAUUGAGGAUGAAGCAAUUAUACUUGGUGCCGGAGCCUUCGAAGUUGCGGCUCGACAACACCUUAUUAAUGAAGUGAAAAAGACUGUCAAGGGGCGUGCCCAACUUGGAGUGGAAGCUUUUGCUAAUGCCCUCCUUGUUAUACCAAAGACACUUGCUGAGAACUCUGGCCUUGAUACUCAAGAUGUGAUCAUUGCUCUAACGGGAGAGCAUGACAAAGGAAAUGUUGUUGGACUAAAUCAACACACUGGAGAACCUGUAGAUCCACAAAUGGAGGGGAUAUUUGAUAAUUAUUCCGUGAAGCGUCAGAUUGUUAAUUCUGGGCCUGUAAUAGCAUCUCAGCUGUUACUUGUCGAUGAAGUAAUUCGUGCUGGACGAAACAUGAGGAAACCAACUUAGUUUUCUGUCUGAAAAUACUUCACAGGUUUUCAUCUUGCGAUUAUUUCGGAAAUUGAAGAAAAAACGAAGGUGGAGAGUAGGGUGUUCAUUGGUCUGAAAGAUUUUGCUUCCGUAUUUUUGGUUUUCCAUUUUUCCUAUUAUACCAAUAUCAUGUACUCGAUAGGAAAUUCGAUAUGCUUUGGUUUUCUAUUUUUCAACUUUAGUUUGUGCAGCUUUAGUAUUACUUUUUAAAGUUAUAUAUUUUAUCAACCUAAAAGAUUAAACACCCAAGUGGAUAUUUAAUUUAUUCAAAUGUAUGCAAUCAUUGACGUUCUA